CAGCCUGCUCUGGUGUCUCUUGUGGUUAAGAGGAGUUUUGUCGGCAGAGGAGGACAUUGCAUGUUCUGGUUGCAACGAUCUUUUGCUCAGUUAUUUGAAAGGAGCUUUAAGGAUUUCACGGCGAGCAACAAGUGUUCAGAGUAGACACUGCAGUUGGUUCUACUUAUGGACGAUGUGAGGAGUAGACCGUCAAGAAACCUGAACGAAGAGAAAGAUGUGAGUCAUCUCUGUGGACAAAAACCCUGCUGAGGUCUGCUCUUCUGUUCCAGAGGCACAAGAACUAUUUGUUGAUCAUCUCAGUUGGUAGACUUUGACUUUUUUUUGACAAGAAUCAGAAAGUGAGUCCAAAGGCAAGUCCACAGCCAAAUGCAUUUGUCAAUGGAUACCCUGGGGAUGGUGGACGAUAGCGGACAUGGAAUCGUUGACAGCUAUGACAUGGCGAAAGGCGCUGGCUCCAGCAACGGAGGCCGGGUCCACAGUAUUGAUGUCAUAUUGGGAUUCACUAAAGACCAGGAGCCCUUGCUGCAUUCAGUGGGAGAUGAUGGCAGCCCCAAAGUUAACGGAGCCCUCCAGCAGGACCCCGCCAAGCCGGUCCCUUCAGAACCCUAUGGAAACCUUCCGGAACUGGGGGACAGCUCACAGCAUCAUUCCUACCACGACUCCAGUCUUUUCUCGAGUGAUAAGUGUGAAGAAAUGAGCAAUCUCACCAAGGAAGUGGACAUCGCUGACGGCUCUCCUAAGUCCAUCAAAGAGGAAGAGCACGGCAAGAAAAAGCACAGAAGAAACCGUACCACCUUCACCACCUAUCAGCUUCAUGAGUUGGAGCGAGCCUUCGAGAAGUCCCACUAUCCAGACGUCUACAGCCGGGAGGAACUGGCAACGAAGGUCAACCUGCCUGAGGUUCGAGUCCAGGUGUGGUUUCAAAAUCGAAGAGCAAAGUGGCGUCGUCAAGAAAAGAUGGACACCAGUACCAUGAAGCUCCAUGACUCUCCAAUGUUAUCCUUCAAUCGUCCUCCGAUGCCCCCUAGUGUGGGGCAGGUGGCCAACCCGAUGCCACUGGAUCCUUGGCUCACGUCACCUAUUUCCAGUGCCACACCCAUGCACACCAUUCCGGGGUUCAUGAGCUCCCCGCAGACCCUGCAGCCCACCUACUCCAGCCACAGCUUCCUCAACAGCCCACCCGGCAUGGUCCAAGGUAUGCAGCCGAUGGGGCCUCCUGCCUACCAGUGCGCACCUCCCUUCAACGAUAAAUACCCGGUGGAGGACGACCGGAAUUCCAGCAUCGCAGCCCUCAGAAUGAAGGCCAAAGAGCACAUUCAGUCCAUGGAUAAAACCUGGCAGCACAUGUGAUGCCCCGACAGGAAGUGGAUGGAUUUUUAAUGCACUCCUGUAAAUGUUUACAAACUGUUGAUUCGUGUAUCAGGUGAGAGGAGACGUGACACCAAAGAGGCUUGGGAAAUUACCACCAUGUGCACCGCUGUGUAACUGUUCAGGCAAACGGUUGAUUUUCAAAAAUGAAUGAAGUAUUUAAGUUUUAUCAAACCACAUUAGCCUCCGUGACGCUUUAGGACUCCCAUGUUUUGAUGUUUCCUCUGCUUUUUUCCGCACAGGUUUUCUAUAUUAGAUCAACUGUAGACGGUUUAGCCAGACUCUCUGUUAGCUACAGGUUUUUGUACAACAUCUAAAGAACAAUUGACAUCACAUUUAUACAUGUUUUUAUGUGGAAUAGCUGUCGCUCAAACUUUUUAAGAUGUCAAACAUUUCUUUAAUAAAAACUGUAAUACUUGUAGCUCUGUCA